AAAUUUCAAAAUCUUUCUGCUCUACUGCUCUUCCACUCUCUCUCUCAUUCUCUCUCUAAAAUUUUUCUCAUACAAACAGCUUUUCCUUUCCCUUCAAUUCCCUGCCUAACUCCCGCUUUGAAAUCCCCCCAAUUCGUGCCCUAGUUUUUUUUAUUGGCUUCAAAACCCUAAAUUUGUACUUUCUCUCUCUACUCUUGAACGAAGAAGGUAGAAAUUUGUCCUUCUUAAGAAAAUGCCGUUCAUUACCGAGGCCGCGAGUGCAAUCAAGAGUCGGUUCGGUUUCCAUAAGCGUUCUACCUCCGAGUCGGGACAGGCGACGGUUCCUAGCACUCCAGAUCUGCUAAAAUCGGCGUCUCGAGAGAAUUCCAGCCUCUCUCUUGUUGACACGUCGGCAGUUCGGAGCAUCUGUGAAUGGGAGGAUGAUGCUGACGGAAUCACUGGAUCUGUUCCGCCGCGGAAUAAUCAGAGCUUUGAAUUCUGUGAGGAUCCAUCGUUCUGGAAGGAUCACAAUGUGCAGGUUAUUAUCAGACUACGUCCAUUGAGUAGUUCAGAAAUCUCUCUACAAGGCUAUGGCAAGUGUGUUAGGCAAGAGAGCUCCCAGACAAUCACUUGGACAGGGCAUCCAGAGUCUCGUUUUACCUUUGAUCUUGUAGCAGAUGAGAGCGUUAGUCAGGAGAAACUGUUCAAAGUUGCUGGAUUGCCUAUGGUGGACAAUUGUAUGGGAGGCUACAAUAGUUGUAUGUUUGCAUAUGGCCAAACAGGAAGUGGGAAGACUCAUACAAUGCUUGGAGAUAUUGAGGAAGGCACUCGAAGACACAGUGUUAACUGUGGGAUGACACCUAGAGUGUUUGAACAUUUGUUCUCAAGAAUACAGAAGGAAAAAGAAGCUCGUAGAGAUGAAAAGCUAAAAUUCACUUGUAAAUGUUCCUUUUUGGAAAUAUACAAUGAGCAGAUUCUUGAUCUUUUAGACACAUCAUCUAACAAUUUACAGAUACGAGAAGAUGUGAAGAAAGGGGUUUAUGUGGAAAACCUUAAGGAGAUAGAAGUUACAAGUGCUCGAGAUGUGAUGCAACAACUAAUUCAGGGUGCAGCAAACCGAAAAGUAGCUGCUACUAACAUGAAUCGUGCAAGUAGUCGAUCUCACAGUGUAUUUACAUGCAUCAUUGAAAGUAAGUGGGAAUCCCAAGGUGUAACUCACCACCGGUUUGCUCGGCUUAAUCUUGUUGAUUUAGCAGGGUCUGAGAGGCAGAAGAGUUCUGGUGCUGAAGGUGAACGUCUCAAGGAAGCUACUAAUAUCAACAAGUCCCUUUCGACAUUAGGGCUUGUAAUUAUGAACCUUGUAAGCGUAUCCAAUGGAAAGUCACUCCAUGUUCCAUAUCGAGACUCUAAACUUACAUUUUUGCUUCAGGAUUCACUAGGAGGCAAUUCAAAAACUAUUAUAAUUGCAAAUAUUAGUCCAUCUCUUUGCUGUUCACUUGAGACAUUAAGCACAUUGAAGUUUGCACAACGAGCGAAAUUCAUCAAAAACAAUGCAAUUGUUAAUGAAGAUGCAUCUGGAGAUGUUAUUGCCAUGCGAAUGCAAAUUCAACAGCUCAAGAAAGAAGUCUCUCGCCUACGAAGUUUGGUCAAUGGGGGAGCUGAAAAUCUAGAUAAUGAUACUUCAAUUAUAAGCUUUCCCGGAUCGCCGGGAUCGUUUAAAUGGGAAGGACUUCAUGGAUCAUCUACUCCACUCGUGUCUGAAAAAAAAAUUUCUCAGAAAAACGACUUUGAAGUUGCCCUCGUUGGGGCUUUUAGGAGGGAAAAAGACAAGGAUAUUGCUUUGAAGGCAUUGGCAGCUGAAAAUCAGGCAGCUUUACAGCUAGCAAAGCAAAGAGAGGAUGAGAUACAAGGCCUAAAAAUGAGGUUACGAUUUCGAGAAGCAGGAAUCAAACGGCUAGAGGCAGUUGCUUCUGGAAAGAUUUCCGCCGAGACACAUUUGUUGAAAGAAAAGGAGGAGCACCUGAAAGAAAUUGAAGUUUUACGUACUCAAGUGGAUCGGAACCAAGAAGUCACAAGAUUUGCAAUGGAAAAUUUGCAGUUGAAGGAAGAAAUUAGAAGAUUGAAGUCAUUUUAUGAAGAAGGUGGAAGAGAGAUGAUGAGUGAACAGAUCAUGGUGUUACAAAAUCAGUUGCUCGAAGCUCUUGAUUGGAAACUUAUGCAUGAAUCACAUGCCUCCGUGGUUCAGAAAGCAGAUACAGAUGUGAAGAAAGAAGUUCAUGGUGAUCCAAUAAUUUCUAAUCAGGAAACAGGAGCAUCUUGGCGCCCUUCAAUUAGUGAGGAGAAUGAAUUCCUUUGUAUGCAGGCUAUUCAAAACAAGGCAGAGAUUGACACACUCCAUAAGCAGUUGGGCUUCUGCCUUGAGGAGAAAGAAACAUUGGAAAGGCAUGCCAAUGAGCUGUUAGCUAAACUUGAAGCAGAGAGAUCUCUUAGGGAUGUAAAGAAAGAAAUCCAGCAAAUUGAGCUUCCUCCUUUGUCAUCUGAUGCAUCAGUGGUCAAUGUUCAUGGCCAAAUGGAGCUCAAAACAAUGGUUGAUGCCAUAGCUGCCGCCAGCCAAAGAGAAGCAGAAGCUCAUGAGAAAGCAAUAAUUCUGUCUAAAGAGAAUGAUGAGCUACAUUUAAAGCUAGAAGCUUGUAUUGAGUCAAACGAUGAACUACAGACAAAACUUAAAGCCUUAAUUGAGGAAAAAAAUAGUCUCAUUGAAAUGUAUGAACGAGCAGCUUCUGAAAGUAACUAUAAAUCUUUGAAAGAAGCUGAUAGUGCUGAGAACAAUGAUGAUAUGGAAGCUGACAAUGAUGGUGGUUCAGUUGAAUUUGAAAAAGGAAAAGAGAGUGAUAUGGAAACAGUAGUUAAGAACCUAGAACACCAGCUUAUGGAAAUGCACGAAGAGAAUGAGAAACUGAUGGGUUUGUAUGAAAAAGCUAUGCAUGAGAGGGAUGAAUUCAAACGAAUGCUUUCUUCUGGUGGACAGAACCGAGUUGAAUCUAGAGAACUUGAUUGCCCAGAAAAGCUUGUUGAAGUUGAUGGAGGAGUUCCUUUUUCUGGCUCCGAUGAUGUGCUCGAUGGACCUAGCGUAGUUUGUGAGGAUUGUCAAGUGGAAGAAGAAAAUGACACUGGUUGUGGAACAUUUUGUGAUUCAGAAACAGAGCCAUUAAAUUUAAACCUUACUACAGUCAAGGUUUCAGAUGAUCUUAAUUUGCUUAAAAUGAAGCUGGAAACGGCAGAGCAGACAAUUUCAGAUUCUGUAAAAACCCUCUCCGUCCUUGGUUCACUUGAGAAAGCUUCUGGGGAGUUUGAUAAGCUAUGGAGGGAAAUUCAAGCCGUUGAAGAGGGAUUUCAGUUCAAGCAACAAGAGUUUAGAUCCUUGAAACACCUUUCUUCAGAAAUGCAAGAAAGAAAAGCUCUUGUAGAUAAGAAGUUGUCAGCGCUCAAGUAUUCUCUAUUAAACUUUUCUCAAUCAGUUGUUUACUAUGAAAAGCGAGAAGCUCGAGCAAGGGCAAGGGUGAAUGCUUCAUCAACUAACCUUGAGCAAAAGAAAGAGGAACUGGUCCGUCUUCAAGUCUGCAAGGGUGAAAACGAGGCUGCCUUGGGGAAGACUCAACAAGCUGAAGUUGAGUUAAGAGACAACCUUGCGAUUUUGAAAUCCAGAAUAGAGGAGGAGAACCACAAGCAAGAGAAUGAAAAGGUUCUAUUUGCCAUAGAUAACAUUGAGAAAGUAGACACCUCAUUGAAAAGUUGGCAUUUAGGCAGUAAAGCUACCGAUUUGUUGAAGUCCGAGGAAGAGAAGACGAAGCUGCAAACUGAGAUUAAGGUGUUCAGGGAGAAGCUUGGUCUUAUUAUAAGAGAGAUUGAAGAUAUGAAUCAGAAGUCUAUGAAGAUAGAGAAUGAGAUGCAAGCUGUCCAACUUGCCAUACAAAAAGAGUCGAGGAUCACGGCAGAGAUGGAACUGGCUCUGCAGGGUGUAAUACAAGAAAAGGAAACUUUAUUGGAGAUGGGAGAGAGAGGAAUCUCCGAGUUUCAGACAAUGAUUCUUGAAUAUCAACAGCACAUGUUUGAUGUAGAUUUGAAGGAGGUGGAGAUCGAGAUAUUAGAAGAAGAAUUAUUGCCAGAGAUGAAAAGGCUAGAAGAGUUGAAAUCAGUGAGGGUAGCAGCAGCUAAGAAAAUCACAAAAUUGUUGGAAGACAAGAGCUGCCAGUCAUGCUUAUCUGAAAAAAUGGAAAAAGAAUUACAAAAUGUCUGGGCUUCAAUUAUUGAAGCAAAGACAUUAAUAGCGGAGAGAAAUUCAAAUCACUGCUAGCUUAGUUCUUUGUUUAACGUUCCAUUCACAGCAUUUGUACAGAAGACCAUUAUCCAGAUGCACUUCUGAUAUCUGGUGUAGGUUUGCCAAUGUUCAUGUUUUGUUACCUGAAAACCUCUGUAGAAGCUGAUCAACAUAAGCAUUCUUGAAUUUUUUUUUUUUUUUUUCUUUUGGUUGAAAAAGCUUGUGAAUAAACAACAAUCGAUUCAUGCA